AUGGAGGGACCUGCUCUCCAAAGUCCGCGUCGAGAACGCCGCCGGCCUUCCUUCCACUCACCAAACAGUUCCCGUGCCGUCUCGCGCUCAAGUACACGCAACUCGUCUGCGCGGAUGCCUCCCCAGACCAACAGCGAUUCCGCAUCAAAUCUCACCUCCUCGCCCAGCUUGAGAUACGCACAGCCCGUUGGUUCUCGUAUGGCCCAUCGCAGAGGCUCCAUGGGGUCCAACACCGACCGGCCCCCGACCCCGGUGUCCAAGAGCUCUGUUAGGGGCUCGCAGACCAGCUCUCAACAGGAGCCUACUUCCACCCUGCUCCAAGAGAAGCUACAGCGCGAGCGGCGAUCCGAAAUCCAACGGAACCUGAACAGACUGGCUGGAGAGAUGAACACCGCAGCUGACGCACAACAAGCUGCGACGCCCACUCCGGUGCGGUGCGCCACAGCCGAUGGCAAACGACCAGAAUCCAGUGACACGAAUGGCGAUACCGGGAAGAAGAAAGGACUGGCCCUGAAGGAGAUGGAACAGGCAAUGUCGACACUGCACAAACAGAAUUUUGACCUGAAGCUCGAGCUGUUCCAUCGGCGGGAACGGCAGUCGGUCCUUGAAGACAAGGUUGAGACGUUGGAAGCAGACAAGUCUCAAACUCAGGAGACCAACGAAAUGCUGAUACUGGAGCUGGAAAAGCGGGACAAGGCGGUCGAAGAAGCUGUUACAAUGAUUGUCACUCUCGAGGCCCGCAUAGAACUCUUACUACGCGAGAGGGAAAUGGUUCGGCAGGUGGAGGCCGACAAGGCCCUCAUAUCUAAGCUCACCGCCUCCCAGGCCGCGCCUCGCGCUGAUGGUGCUGACGAAAUGGGUGCACGCGAUGCUGUGUCAAAUGCUCAUGGGAAGAGUCUCGCGCGGAUGCCCAGCUUCCUUUCUGAGCGCACCGAGAACACCGAAAACCUUCGCAAUGUCUACCUGGGAACACAGGGCAGUAUCCUUAGCUUGUCAAGGACAGAUCCGAGAGUGGACAACGGUGGAUAUGUCAGCCCGAAUAUGAGUGUCUUGAGUGAGAGCUCUUUCGUCAGUAUCUACGGUGGGCAAGCAGGAUCUCAUGAGCCUGUACCUCCUCAUGCUGAGAAUAAUUCUCAAAUCGAUGAUCACAGCAGAAGAGGCGGCCGCCGAAGUCUUUCUCUGUCGAGGCAUGACUCCACCCCUACCAGGCCCAGCGCAAAGGAGGCGAUCGAAAAUGGAGAGACAACUUCGCCACUUCAGAAGCUUGAGAAGCUUGACUCUUCACCAGUAAUACGGGAGAGCUCGGAGGUAAAGCCUCUUGGCAGAGACAUCGACCGGCCAGCCACCGUCAAGCCUGCCAAACCACAACCUCUCCUUCGUGUGAGAAAGGCAAGGGACAAGCCGAUACCAGCCCGCAGGGUAGUCACUGACGUGCCGACUCCUCGUGCACACGCACUGCCUCCAACUCCAGACACAAUGUCAAGCUCGAUGAACCACAGCCUUUGUUCUGACGACAUCCCACAACAAUAUGACCGACCUGACGGAGAGGCGACAUAUCCUGUCAUGUCACGGCUCACCCUGGAUCAGACGAAUGAGAUCGAACCAGGGCAUUGGCGAUUCAAUAAGGGUGGCGGUGCUGCUCAACCGCCGUCAGUCACAGCAUUCACAGGGAGAAAAGACUACUCGGCUGGCAAUCAUGCUGACUUUCCGCUCUCCCUGCCGAGACGCCCGCGAUCAUUUGAUGAAACCACGAUAUCUCGCCAUAAGGUAGACUGGGAUUCUGGAAGUGAGCCUGACGACGCGGCCUCGGAGGUCUCUAGCUUCGAUUACUGGAUGAGGGAGGGUCUUCGACCUAGUCGCGGCGGCCAGGCUCAAGCGCAGAAUGGCGUGGCAGUCUCACAGAGACACACCAGUCGAGGUACUCCUGAUCUAUUCGGUUUCCCAUCUGACUCUAAAGGGUGGCAGUCGAACGACAUGUUUGGCGCGCUUGGUGGAAAUGGCUAUCUUGGCGCAGCAGCUCCUCUUGCACCAGCGUUGGAUGCUCUGGGUGCGUCAUUACCAGCGCCAGAAAUUGGAACUUACGGCUCAGGACUUGCUGGCCCGAUUUCGCCACGUCUAACCGGCAAUGUCGCCGCACCACCACCGGCUCCUAAUCGCAAAUCCAGCCUGCGAGCCCGAACAUCGGCGCCCGGGACUCCCAGGACGACACAUCCGCCCCGAUCCUUCGGGAAGCACAGUGAAUCUGAGUCGAGCAGAAAGAGCUCUCUGACGGCACAGGCACCUAACUCCCGCAGUAUUACGCCGACCCCGCCAGAUCGCCCUCAAGCGCAACAUAAUGACGAAGGCUCGGCUCAAAAGCGCCAUUAUCCGCCAACUGCCAGUCACCAACAGCAAGCACCUGCUCGUCCUCGCAGCAGAGGCAUCACUAGCCUCUUUCGACGUUCCUUAGGUUCAGGUCACAUACAGCCAUCCUCCUCGGCACCAAAUAAUCAGUCGCCUUUCCCUCCCCCCGCGAAGGCUGACGUCGCACCGCCAACUGUGGGAGUGCCGAUGUGGGAGCGGAGGAAUGACCGGGCCGACGAGGAGACAUCUGCCACGCCACCACCGAUCAUGCGCAAGAGGGCGCCUGUCCACCACGACAUAGGCUUCGCAGACACUGAAGAGGCGCGAGCUACCACGACGGGUAUAACGAGGGCAGCGAAGCCUCAUCCUCUCCGAUCUUCCAGCCCGGGUUUGGGCGCGGGACUGAGCAACGUCCUUGCCAGUCGCGACGGCGGCGUGCCUCUAACGCCCAACAACGGCGAUCACGAACAGGAAAGCACUCCGACGUCGGGAUCUGCUCCGGGUCAUGGCAACAGCCACGGCGGUGGCCAUGCCCACGGCAGGAAGUGGUUUGGCUUGGGCCGGGUCACCAGCUCCAAGCACGGUGGAACGUAG